UCCACCAUUGAAAGAAACGAUUCUUUGCGAAACCCUAGUAAUCCAAAGCUCUCUCUCUCGAAUUCUUGAUAUUCCAAGCUCUUCGGAAUCUCUCAAAGCCUUCAAAGAUGUCGGAUUUGAGACGAGAUUUGGUGCUCAUCGUUCUCCAAUUUCUCGAGGAGGAAAAAUUACUCGAUUCCAUGCACAGGCUUGAGAAAGAAACAGGUUAUAUCUUCAACCUGCAAUAUUUCAAGGAAAACUUUAUUGCUGGUGAAUGGGAUGAAGUCGAGAGUUAUCUCAGAGGCUUUAUCAAUGUCAACGAUAAUGAUUACACAAGGGAUACAUUCUUUCAGAUUUGGAAGGUCAAGUAUAUAGAGGCUCUUGAACGGAAAGACAAGACAAUGGCUCUUCACAUAUUGCGGCAGGAUUUAGGAGUUUUCUCUGAUACAAAGCAGUACAAAGAGCUGAUUCAGCUUCUUACUUUGCAAAAUAUCAUGGAGCAUGAAGAGCUUUCCCAAUAUGAGCGCAAAGCUCAUCGGAAAGUCACCUUGGAUUAUCUUGAAACACAAAUUCAAGAGAACCCUCUUCUUCAUGGCAAAUUGGCGCCUCCUUCUCUGGCACCUGCAACUCUACGUUCUCUAGCACGAUGUACCCAGCCUGCUCCUAGUCAAAACCAUUCGCUAGAAUCUUAAAAAGGCAACCUUCUAGCUGUUUCCACAAGGGAUGGUUUUAAGAUUCUAGCGAAUUCAACAGGUUGCAAACUUCUGCAAUAAGUCAUGCACUUUGCUAUGUUUCUACAUACCUUCCUCAAUAGCCUAGUUGUUCCUCUGAUGCAGUGACUGUAAUGCGGCUUGCAAUGUGUUUUGCUUUAGAUUCUGUUUGACUCUGUCUCCUCUUUAGCUUUUCCCUUUUCUUCUUUAGCUUUUAGUUUUCUUCUUCUACUUCAUUGAACUUUUCCUGCAACCGAAUAUGUUCAUAGUAAAUGUAAUGCAGAUUCUCGCAAUGCGUUUUGUUUUAGAUUCUGUUUGAUUGUUACCACUUCCAACUUGUGUCUCCUCUUAUAGCUUUUCCAUAUUUUUUCUUUCACUUCUCGUUUUCUUCUUCUACUUCAUUGAACUUUUCCUGGAACGGAAUAUGUUCAUAGUGGGAGCCCAAAACUCAGAAAAAAAUGCCACGCUCACUCACACACCAAUGGUUUAUCGAUUAAAAUAUGAAAAAUUUGUGUUACCUCAGCAGCUUCUCUGAGUCUAACAAGAACUCCAGCGGUAUUCAAUCUUGAGGCUUACGUUUUCCUUCUUCAAAAAAUCCCUUUCUCUUUCUAUUUCUUUUCACUUUCUACUUCAAGGGCUUAGAGCUCAGUAGAAAGUGAAUUAGCAGAACCAGAACCCCAACCCAUUUUACCAGCCUUUGAUACUUACUGCUUCUUCAACUCCAGUAUCCACUCCACCGUUGCUUUAUGGUUUACGCCUAAGUCAUUUUACUUCUCUUGUAGCUCUGUGUAGUGUUCAACAAAUCUGGCCUGACCAAGAACAGCUAUUGGAAGUGCAUCCUCUGACUCCUCAGAAAAUAGUUUCUCUUGUUUAAGCUGUGCUUCAACUCUGUUAUCCCUUCUAUAUGAU